AUGUCGUCCUCGGAGAUUCUGCGGCCGACGACCGAGGCUGCGGCCAAGGCUGCGCUUGCCCAGGCCGGCCCUGUGGUGGUCCACUUUGGGGCGGCGUGGUGCGGCCCGUCGAGCCAGAUGGAGGCUGUGGUCCACACUGUCCCUGCAGAGAACGUGACCCAUGUGCGGGUCGAGGCCGAGGACGUGCCGGGCCUCUCGCUUGCGCACAACGUGGUCUCGGUCCCCACCUUUGUCGUCUUUCUUGCCGGCAAGGAGGUCGCCCGGCUGGAGGGCGCAAACGCCCCGGCCCUCGUCCGCAUCAUCAACGAGGCCAACGCCAUGAGUGCUACCAGCGGUGCGGGCAGCGCUGCGCCUGCGGGCGGCGCGGGCAGUGCUGCGCCUGCGGGCGGCGCGGCGAGCUCCGAGGAGGCGGCCAAGGCUGCGGCCAAGGAAAAGAAGAAGCUCGAGCGGCGGAUGCAGGGAAUCAUCGACUCGGCGCCGGUGGUGCUGUUCAUGAAGGGUGAGCCGAGUGCGCCGCAGUGCGGGUUCUCUCGCAAGGCGAUUGGUCUGCUGCAGAGCGUGGACGUGGGCGGUGCGCCGGUCGACUUUGCCUCGUUUGACAUCCUCUCAGACCCGGCGGUCCGGCAGGGCCUCAAGACCUACUCCAACUGGCCGACCUUCCCGCAGCUGUACAUCUCGGGCAAGCUUGUGGGCGGGCUCGACAUCAUGGCCGAGCUCGCCGAAGAUGACGAGCUUGCGCCGAUGAUUGCUGCGGCGUACGCCAAGCGCGACGCGCUCAACGCCCGGCUCGCCGAGCUCAUCGCCUCGCAUCCGGUCAUGGUCUUCAUCAAGGGCACGCCCGACGAGCCGCGCUGCGGCUUCUCGCGCAAGAUGGUGACGCUGCUCAAUUCGACAGGCAUCACCUACGGCUCGUUCGACAUCCUCUCCGACGACGACGUCCGCCAAGGCCUCAAGACCUACUCCAACUGGCCGACCUUCCCACAGCUCUACGCCCACGGCAAGCUCAUCGGCGGCAAUGACAUUGCCCACGAGCUUGCCGAGGAUGGCGAGCUGGAGGCUGCACUUGCUCCUCCCUCGUAA